AUGGGCCGUGUCUGGCACUCCAUCUUAAGGACCAACAAUUUCCAUCGUGCGUUGACCGGAAACUUGGGCAAUGUCAACAUCACUGCUGAUUCGAUCAAUCGUAUGAGGAGGCACCAUCACAAAUAUCUUCCUUAUGCCAUGCGUCGCAUGGUUCAGGCGACCACAUCUGAAGAGUACACAGAUGCCUUGGGGGUGUUUCGUGAUUGUCUAAUCAACAGCUACGAGUUGAGGCCUUUCUCGCUCCAAAUGUUGCAGCACUACAACAAACUUACGAAGUAUGGCAAGAAAGGUAUCAAAGGUGUCCCCGAAGCCCUACAGAAGACCGGCGUCAAGAUGCAGGGCCAGUGGGAGUCUCGAGUUAAGCAAUAUAUCCAGACUGUCUUGGAUUUGAGGAUACCGCGUGACAUCGACAGCGACCCAGUACCAGGGAGUUUCGAGAGACAGCUCUCCCGGGCACAGGAAGAGGUAGGAGAAACCGACCACGCGCAGGUGGCACGAGGAGAUUACCAAUUCAACAGCCGACUCCAAGGUGCUCAGAUUGUCGCCCCGUUUACGGCACGCUGGGGUGUUGGAAUCUGUGCUCUCAUGCCUCUCACCUUCGUUUCCUUUUUCAAGGCCUAUAGUAUUGUCAAGACCGAGGCGAUUGCGAAGACCAUACACCCGGUGAUCCGCACGGAGCCGUUGACGGACAUGUGUGACAAUCUCAACCAACACAUUAUCGACGCAAUCCCACCCGCAGCCUUACGCUUCAGCCUUGCUGAUAUCGACUGUACCGUGGAGCGACUUCACAUCGAACGUGCUUCUACUGCCGAGUUGAAGAGAAUGAAUGCGCAAAACGACUUUCUGGUCCAAUUGGACUGUGCUUCUGCCCGAAGCAUCAUCGUCCAGGGCAUGCCUAUUUUGCAACGUGGCAUGACUACCAAUGGCCAGGAUUUUGCUCGCGAUGCCCGCGCUUGGGAGAAGACAAUUGAGAUUUUAUACUUUACUCAAGAGGUUCAAAAGUCAAACGAAGGCUUCCUUGAUGAAGACUUACGAUCUCAUUUGCCAGAAAUCCUUCGCCAAUCAUCUGGCAUCAUUCCUGAAAUCAACACCUUUGUCUGGGAUUUGCAGACCCUAGGUGGCAACCCACAUGUGGCAAAUAUGGAUGGCCGGAACCCAUCACACGGUUCAAAUCCUCCUGGUCCUCGACACAGUGCGCCAGUCUCGCAAUACCACUCCUCGAGCCAACAUGUGGCGUAA